CACUACUACGGCUUCCACAAAUACGGAGGCGACAGGCCCACAGAAGCCGAGCGAGAGCAUCAGGCUGCGCGCAGAAGCAGUACAGCCUCGGCUGGAAGUAGCGAAGCCACACCGCAAAGCACAAGCAGAACCUCGUCGCAGGAGAGCUUACGCCAGUAUACAUCUGUUUUUUGUUCAUUUUUACUUACUCGCUUGUGAUCUUGUAUAGUCUUCGUAUACGUUAAAUACUCAAACAAUGUUCGUCCUCUGCUAAUAUCCUUCUGUAUCCUGAUUGCGCAAGAAGAGUUUCGUUGUGCCAAGAAGAGGACAACCAAAUUUCAUCUGCACUAUCUCAUUUCAAUUCCAUUUCUAGGUCUUCGGAAAGUGGGUCGUGCCAAGGCAAUCUGAAUGCUGUGGGAGUUGCAACGCGGGUGAACUGCUCGAUCGAUGGGUUCCUUGAACUACCAGCGAUGAGCGAGGAAAUGUCGUCGAGUUCUGUAGCAGCAGACGUCGACACGUGGAGGUCCGACCUCGGCGGGUAUAAGCUGCGCAAUCUCUUUGUCUGGAG